UCUUGGAAGUCCUGCUCACAGACAGACCCGAGGCCGUGGUACCCCCGCGGUAGACCGGAUCAGGGUGGCGGGCUCCAGGUCCCGAGGGAUGCAGGGGUCUAAGACAUCCAGCAGCACCAUGCAGGUGAGCUUCGUGUGUCAGCGCUGCAGCCAGCCUCUGAAACUGGACACGAGCUUCAAGGUCCUGGACUGUGUCACCAUCCAGGGGCUCACAGCUCCAUUACUUGCCACAGCCCAGAUGAAACCAGCAGAGACCCAGGAGGAAGAGGCUAACUCAGGAGAGGAGCCAUUUAUUGAAACUCGCCAGGAUGGUGUCUCUCACAGAUUCAUCCCCCCAGCUAGGAUGAUGUCCACAGAAAGUGCCAACAGCUUCACUCUGAUUGGGGAGGCAUCUGAUGGUGACACCAUGGAGAACCUCAGCCGAAGACUGAAGGUCACUGGGGACCUUUUUGACAUCAUGUCAGGCCAGACAGAUGUGGAUCACCCCCUGUGUGAGGAAUGCACAGACACUCUCUUAGACCAGCUGGACACUCAGCUCAAUGUCACUGAAAACGAGUGUCAGAACUACAAACGCUCUUUGGAGAUCUUAGAGCAAAUGAAUGAAGAUGACAGCGAACAGCUUGGGUUGGAGCUACGGGAGCUGCUAUUAGAGGAGGAGAGGCUGAUCCAAGAGCUGGAAGACGUGAAGAACUGGAAGAUAGUGGUGGAAAAUCUCAAGAAGGUCCAGGUUGAGGCUGAGAGAUUGGAUCAGGAGGAAGCUCAGUAUCAAAGGGAAUACAGUGAAUUUAAAAGACAACAGCUAGAACUGGAUGAUGAGCUGAAGAGUGUAGAAAACAAGAUGCGUUAUGCCCAGAUGCAGCUGGACAAGCUGAAGAAAACUAACGUCUUUAAUGCAACCUUCUACAUUUGGCAUAGUGGACAGUUUGGUACAAUCAAUAACUUCAGACCGGGUCGGCUGCCCAGUGUUCCUGUGGAAUGGAAUGAGAUUAAUGCUGCUUGGGGCCAGACAGUAUUGCUGCUCCAUGCCCUGGGCAAUAAGAUGGGUCUGAAAUUUCAGAGGUAUUGACUU